AUGGCUUUGGCGGGUGUUAAGCGGUUUGCGUCAGUUUAUAAUAAUGCUGUCAAGUUUUUUGGAUUAUUUCCCACGAGAAAUCUUGUUGACUAUUAUCCAGUUCAUGAUGACAUUUAUGGACUGGAUGAAGAUAAAAAGCAGGCCAACAAAGUUGAAGAAAUCAUUUUAAUGUAUGAAGCACAGGCAUAUUUUAAAAUUUUAAAAAUGGUUCUGACCAGUUGGCUUUUUAAGCCCCCUACACACGUCAGUUUUUUUUUAGCAAACUGCGUGAACUGGCUUGAAAUAGCUUGUCUACACAGUUUCUACAACAAUCUUGUUCUCGUGUGUUCAACGCAAAACAAAACAUUCAAAAUGGAACAAUUUCCAAUUUUGUCCAUAGUAACAGCCUACAUAGCGACAAGAAUGUGA